AUGCCACAGGCUCUCAUGGGAACCCAUACCCAGGCAGCUCUCAUAGGAGGAACCCAUGCAAGCAGCUCUCAUGGGGAACCCAUGCAAGCAGCUCUCAUGGGGAGCCCAUGCCCAGGCAGCUCUCUAGAGGGCCCAUACCCAGGCAGCUCUCAGGGCCCAUGCCCAGGCAGCUCUCAUGGGGCCCAUGCCCAGGCAGCUCUCAUGGAGGGGCCCAUACUCGGACAACUCAUAGAGGGCCCAUACCCAGGCAGCUCUUAUGGGGAGACCAGACAGGCAGCUCUUAUAGAGGAGACCAUGCAGACAGCUCUCAGGGCCCAUGCAGGCAGCUCUCAUAGAGGAGCCCAUACCCAGGCAGCUCUUAUGGGGAGAGCCCAUGCAGGCAGCUCUCAUGGGGGCCCAUGCCCAGGCAGCUCUCAUAGGAGACCAUGCCAGGCAGCUCUCAUGAGGAGCCCAUGCAGGCAGCUCCAUGGAGGGCCCAUGCCCAGGCAGCUCAUGGGAGCCCAUGCCCAGGCAGCUCUCAUGGGGCCCAUACCACAGGCAGCUCUCAUAGAGGAGCCCAUGCCCAGGCAGCUCAUGGGGCCCAUGCAGGCAGCUCUCAUGGGGCCAUGCCAGGCAGCUCUCAGAGGGCCCAUACCCAGGCAGCUCUCAUUGGGGAGCCCAUACCAGGCAGCUCUCAUGGGGAGCCAUGCAGGCAGCUCAUGGGAGCCCAUGCCCAGGCAGCUCUUAUGGAGGGCCCAUACCGGGCAGCUCAUGGGGCCCAUGCCAGAGCAGCUCUUAUAG